GUGCACUGUGCACUGCUGUGAGCCAAAAGUCUUUGUUUACAAAGCCAUUGUUUACAAAAGGAUUAUUUACGACCUGCAUUUUUUACUGGCGUUUGAAUAGAACCUUGCAUACGAAUCAAGAACAUGGAACGACGUUGUUAUUGUUAUUUCUGUCGAUUUUGCGUGUGAAUUACAACACUUUGGUUUGCUGAUAAUAAAACGCGUCGAUUAUUGAGCGAUAUAAUGUGGGCUACCUUGCAACCAGGAAGUUCGCCAAUUGAUUGGUGUGAAGAAAAUUACACGUUUUCGCCUAUUAUAGCUGAAUUUGUAAACACGUUCAGUAAUGUUUUAUUUUUUGUUUUGCCGCCUUUAUUAAUGCAUCUAUUUAAACCUUAUGGGCAAAUUAUUAAUCCGGGAAUACACUUAAUAUGGACUUUGUUAAUUGUUGUUGGUUUAUCAUCCGCGUAUUUUCAUGCAACUUUAAGCCUUGUUGGGCAGUUGUUAGAUGAAGUUGCUAUUUUAUGGGUUUUUUCUGCUGCUUUUUCUAUGUUCUUCCCAAGAAGAUUUUUUCCAAAUUUUAUUAAUAAUGAUAGAAAACUUUUUACACUUGGAGGGAUAGCAUUUGGAAUAAUAGGAACAUUUCUAGCAAUAAUCCACCCAGCUGUCAACGCAUUUGCCUUAAUGUUAUUAGGAAUUCCAUCCGUGAUUUUAUUAAUCCAUGAAGUUAGAAGAGAUAAAAAUGAAAGAAUUCAUCGUUUAGGUGUUCGUUGCGCGAGUGUUUGGUUUGUAGCAGUAUUCUGCUGGAUAAAUGAUAGAUUACUAUGCGAGGCAUGGUCUGCAAUUAAAUUUCCAUAUCUCCAUGGAUUGUGGCAUAUAUUUAUAUUCAUAGCUUCCUACACAGCGUGCGUUUUAUUCGCGUACUUUUCCGUGAGAGAAGAAAAACCGGAAGAAAGAGCCGUUUUAAGAUAUUGGCCAAAAAAUGAUUUUGAAUUAGGAAUACCUUAUGUAUCCAUAAAAACCGCUCAAGUAGAUUUUAAUGAUAAAAUAUAGAUAAUAAAGGAAUAAGAAUGUGUUAUGAAAAAAUAUAUAAGAAACGUAAAACAGAUGUGAUUUUUUGAUGUGAUAGAUUUUAAUAUAUUAUAUUAAAAAUAUGUUGUAAGGAAAAGUGUGUAUUAAAGACAAUGAAUUUA